ACGGGAAGCCGAAGUGUUGCGGAACGCCGCUUUUAAAACCACAGCAGCUGGCGGAAGCCGCAGCAGCACUGUCCUCCGUUCCUUCCGCGACACAAGUCCCUGCGGAGAGCAGCGCGGCGGCGAGCGGCGACUCCAUGGGCUCCCGCCAGGAGCCCCAGCCCCAGCCCCACAGCAGCUACCAGAUCUAUGUCAAGAUGAUGAAAACUGUAUCGCUUGAUGUUGAAUUCACUGAUACCGUGGAUCAGUUGAAGGCUAAAAUUGGUGCCAUUGAGGGGAUUGACAAGGGUCAGCAAGAGCUCUUUUUUGCUGGAAUUCACUUGAAGAAUGACAACAUGGUCACUGAUUAUGGCAUCAUGGACAACUCUUUUGUUGACCUCUAUGAAACUGAUGGGAUUCAAAUAUUUGUCAAGAUACCCUCUGUUGGAAAGACUAUCAAGCUCAAUGUGAAGAAAUCCCAUAGUGUUGCUGAUAUCAAAGCUGACAUCGAACAGAAGGGUGGGAUUCCUCGGAAUGAACAGAUCCUGAUGCAUACAGGCCGGCAGCUUGAGGAUAACAUGAUGUUAGCUCAGUGUGGUUUGGGAAAUGGAGAGACACUUCAUCUUUUGGUCUGCCCGGCUGACAUGCUGCGUGUAUUUGUCGUAGUUGGAGGUGGAAGAACUAUAAAUCUUGAUGUCAAAUGCUGGUACACCGUUGCUGAUGUUAAGCUGAUGAUUGAGACCUUUGAGGGUUUACCUGCAUGUACACAGGUGCUUGCGAGCACUGAAUCUGGUGGUGAUGUUGUAGCACUUAAAGACACCGAAACACUUCAGAGUCAGAAUAUCAAAAACAAUGAUGUGCUCACAUUGCAUAUGGGUCGGACUGUCCAGUUCUUCAUCAAGACGUGGGAAGGGAAGACGUUAACUAUGUUGAUGGAAUUGUCUGACACGACAAAUGAUGUCAUGAAGAUAAUUGAAGAAAGGUUGCAGAUUAAGCCAGGUAUUUACUAUCUCCGGUACAGGGGACGCGUUCUAUCACCUGGGGAUACUCUUCUGAUGUCUAAGAUUGAGAGUGAUUCCACUAUUGGUGUCCGCCUCGUUAGGGAAGUAAAAGAAAAGCAGAAGGGGGUGAUAGAGUUGCAACUUGAAACUUCGUUUGGGCCAAGAGUCAGUAUUAAGUAGCUUAGUACCAUUUUGUGGUUGGAGAUGUCCAGUCGCGAACUAGGCGAUGUUUCUGCCUUCUGAUGGGGUAGGUCUUUUGUUGCCAUGUAGUAGAUCUAGCAGUACUAGUUUUGAAGUAGUACCUCAGGCGCAGUUGCUUUUUUUUUUUUGAAGUAGACAGGCGCAGUUGCUAAAAGUGUACCGCGGAAGGAGCAGAGACGGUGCAGGCUGCUGUUUCUCUCGCUACAGUAGCUAGAAUUCAAAGGUUCCAGACUAAUGAGUUGAUGCUAUUAUGGUCUAUGGAUUGAUUUCCUACUGAUUAGUCACUGGUUUUUGGAAUUCUAAAAUAAUCAUGGGUAGUUGAUGUGGAAUCAAAGGUCUGAAGUUCUGUAUGAACACUAGGAAGGAGCGCGCUUCGCCGCGCUCGUUCUGGCUGUGCUGCCGUGCAUCGUAAAAAUGAUAAGCCGAUGGGAGGCU